GGACUUAAAUUCAUCCCUGUCUGCCUGGCUCCUCGCAAAGCUCUGCCUGUCAGCUUUCCUCUGUCUCCUCUCAAGACUCUAAUAUUCCCUUAAAAAGUACCUUAAUUCUGGAUUCUGUGGGAUUACUGAGGUGGCAAGAGGGAUCAUGGUGCAUACCAUAGGAAUGAUUGAAGAUUGUGGGAAAAGAGGAAAUACCAUGGCAGAAAGAAGGCAGCUGUUUGCAGAGAUGCGGGCUCAAGAUCUGGAUCGCAUUCGUUUGUCCACCUACCGAACAGCAUGUAAACUUAGAUUUGUUCAGAAGAAAUGCAACUUGCACCUGGUGGACAUCUGGAACGUGAUAGAAGCCUUGCGGGAAAAUGCCCUCAACAACCUGGAUCCCAGCAUUGAACUGAAUGUGGCUCGCCUCGAAGCCGUGAUUUCGACCAUUUUCUACCAGCUCAACAAACGGAUGCCAACAACCCACCAGAUCAAUGUGGAGCAAUCCAUCAGCUUACUGCUCAACUUCUUGCUAGCAGCCUUUGAUCCGGAAGGACAUGGUAAAAUUUCCGUUUUUGCAGUCAAAAUGGCCUUGGCAACUCUUUGUGGAGGAAAGAUCAUGGACAAAUUAAGAUAUAUAUUCUCAAUGAUUUCAGACUCCAGUGGAGUGAUGGUUUAUGGCAAAUAUGACUUGUUUCUGCGGGAGGUUCUCAAGCUGCCCACAGCUGUUUUCGAAGGGCCUUCAUUUGGUUAUACUGAGCAAUCAGCAAAAUCUUGUUUCUCACAACAGAAAAAAGUCACGUUAAACACUUUCUUGGAUACUCUCAUGUCUGAUCCUCCGCCACAGUGUCUGGUGUGGUUACCACUUCUGCAUCGGCUGGCAAAUGUUGAAAAUGUCUUCCAUCCCGUUGAGUGUUCCUACUGCCACAGCGAGAGCAUGAUGGGGUUCCGCUACCGCUGCCAGCAAUGCCACAAUUACCAGCUCUGUCAGGACUGUUUCUGGAGAGGCCAUGCCAGCGGUUCCCACAGCAACCAGCACCAAAUGAAAGAGUACACGUCAUGGAAAUCACCUGCUAAGAAGCUAACUAAUGCACUUAGCAAGUCUUUAAGCUGUGCUUCCAGCCGUGAACCUUUGCACCCAAUGUUCCCUGACCAGCCUGAAAAACCUCUAAACCUGGCUCAUAUUGUAGAUACUUGGCCCCCCCGACCUGUAACCAGCAUGAAUGACACACUCUUCUCCCACUCUGUUCCCUCAGGAAGUCCCUUUGCCAACAGAAGGUUACUUGGGGGUAUAAAUGUAGCCAGUCCUGUGGCUGAUGAGCAUUCUCUUAUAAAGCUGUAUGUAAAUCAGCUUCACAACAAUUCACGCUCUCCCUCCAAGAACACUGAAGUAGAGCAGAGCAAACUGCUGGCUAGGGCUGCUCCAGCUUUCUUGAAAGGCAAAGGGUUACAGUAUAGCCUCGAUGUUGCAGACAGGCUGGCCGAUGAACAUGUGCUCAUUGGGUUGUAUGUCAACAUGCUGCAGAGCGUCCCCGCACGCGUGCUCGACAGCGCAAGUCGCCUGGAUGAAGAGCACAAGCUGAUCGCCAGGUAUGCAGCAAGGCUGGCAGCAGAAACUUCUUCAUCACAGCAGCAGCAGGCACAGCAGAGAGGGGCAACAGACAUCUCCUUCACCAUUGAUGCAAACAAGCAGCAGAGGCAGCUGAUUGCAGAGCUUGAGAAUAAAAACAGAGAAAUCCUGCAGGAGAUCCAGAGGCUGCGACUUGAGCAUGAGCAAGCGUCUCAGCCCACACCAGAGAAGGCACAACAAAAUCCCACCCUCCUGGCAGAGCUGCGGCUCCUCAGGCAGCGGAAGGACGAGCUGGAACAGAGGAUGUCUGCUCUCCAGGAGAGCCGAAGAGAGCUUAUGGUUCAGUUAGAAGGCCUCAUGAAACUGCUGAAGGAAGAAGAACUGAAACAGGCAACCCAAGGGGCAGGCUCCCCCCGCUCCUCACCCAGCCACACCAUCAGCCGACCCAUCCCGAUGCCCAUCAGGUCUGCCUCUGCCUGCUCCACACCCACCCACACGCCUCAGGACUCUCUGACCGGGGUGGGAGGAGAUGUGCAGGAAGCCUUUGCGCAAAGUGCAAGACGAAACUUAAGAAAUGAUUUGCUGGUGGCAGCAGAUUCAAUCACCAACACGAUGUCUUCUUUGGUAAAAGAACUAAAUUCUGAAGUGGGCAGUGAGACAGAAAGUAACGUGGAUUCUGAAUUUGGACGGACUCAUUUUGAUGACCUUGUUCCAUCUCCAACAUCUGAGAAGGCUUUCCUUGCGCAGAUCCAUGCCCGGAAGCCAGGGUACAUCCACAGUGCUGCUGCCACUGGAUCCAUGCGCAGUGACAUGGUUACAGAAGACGGAGAUCCUUUUGUCAGAGCAGAUGAUGAAAAUUAUGAGAAUGACUCUGUCCGCCAGCUGGAGAAUGAACUGAAGAUGGAGGAGUACCUGAAGCAGAAGCUGCAGGAUGAGGCGUACCAGGUCAGUUUGCAAAGUUGAGUGCAAUAUCCUUCUCUCUCUCCUCUCAAGCAAGCUGCAGCCAGACAGACAACGAGAGCUACGUAAGAACUGAUGACGAGGAGAGCUGCUUUCGGACAGAUGAUGAGGAAAGCUUAGCUGCAAACUUCACAGAAGAAUGGAACCAAGAGGUGCAGCGUCUCUUGACAAAAAAAUCACAUAACUAAGUUCUGAGGACUGUAGCACAGUACUUUUGUUCUAAGAGUUGUAGUUUGUAGAUGUGUGUUUUGACAAAAGACUUUCAUUUAAAGCUAACUUAUAUUAGCUACAUCUUCUGUAACAUGGCUCAUUACCAGUGAAGAGUACAGACUGAAGUGCGUACUGCUGUUACAAAGGAUGGCAGUAUUAAUAACUCACAUAAACCCUUUGCACAUGAUAUUGAACCUGUUCAGUUUACAACGACGAUGCUGUUUAUAGAUGGAAAUUUGAUUUCUGAAUACUUUGAGAUUUUAGUAGAUCAGUUUACUAUACACUGUACAUUUGUUUUUCCACGGAAGAAAUAAAAAGCUGCGAUUACGCAUUAACACAGAACAGUUAUACUCCUGAGUGUGUAUAUAUCUAGUAGCCCAAAAAUCAAAGUACCGGACUAUAUUUGCAAUUUGUUUGCAAGUCUUUCAAUUAAGGCUUAUACAAAAUGUACUAAACCCAUAAUGGUAACAUAACUAAUAGUAACGAUUUUAAAAAUCUCUAAUUUAGGGCUAAUGUGUAACUUAGGAAUGUUUCUUUCAAAAUAAUCUAACAAAUCAGCCAUAGAAGUUAGUGUAAAUAUUUUUUUUCCAAAUAGAUACCAUAUACAAAAGGUGACAUUCAAAUGAUAUAGAAUCUAGUUUUUAAAUCAGCACAGAUCUUCUUAAAACUGUGAACUAUGUUUUGAAAUACUCGUUACUAAACCACAGGUGCCAUAAGAUCCCUGAACUGACUGAUGUUAUGUAUAAUCUUCCACGGUAUUGUUUCAUUGAUGUUUUAGCUUUAGUAAGCAUGUGUUCAACAAAUCGUCUCUUUCCAUUCCUCUGCCCCUCCGACUCACCCGCCCCAUUACGUUAUUUUUGAGGCCUUCAGCUUUAAAUGUACAGGCUUAAAGUGCGCUUGCAACUGUUCUCUUUUGAUUUCCGAAUGUGUAUUGCCUUAGCCAGCCACCAGAUGUUCUGCAUGCACUCUUGGAAAUGCGUGGUGAGACUCUUUCAAAGCUGGAUGGAGAAUUAGCUAUCAGUGGAAAACACAGGAGAAGCAGUGGGUUUUCUCAAAAGGACAGGCCAACAUGUACAGAAUUGGAGUUUUGUCCAUUUUUGUAACUCAAGUGUAAAGGCAUUUCAGGAGAAAGGGGACAUAUCCGGCUGUUUGGGAUUAGGAAGCAAGACUGCUAGCUAAGAAGUGUUUGUUCAGCUGUUACUGCAAAGCGAAGGGGCAGUUCUGAGCAGGGACAGACACAAAAUAGCUAGAAUAUCUCCCGCACAACAUGUUGCUUGGAAAUAAAGCUUGCACCUGUAUGGCAGGCCACGGACUUUGACUAGUUCUAAAGCCGUGUCCCUGGAGCCAGCCCAGGGACAGCUAGACCAGAAGCAGGGUGGGAGCGUCAGCAGAAGGCAGCACGUUGGAUGCACAGCCCAAUGGAGAAGCGCAGUGCGUUAGCCUGGGACGACCUCUGGGCAGAUGUAACUUUACUGCACCCGUACAACGUCGCUGCUUCCGAAGUGACACUGUGUAGCAGCCCUGAGAACAGUAACGUUUCAUACAGGUAUUUCACACCAGCACAGUUUGCCUACAGCAAGUGAUCAGUUACCAAUCUGGAGCAGGUGAACAUGGUUUGUCUGUCCUCUCUCGUGGUUACGUGGAUGUGUGCUGCCAUAUUUACACGAGAUUGCUGUGUGUAGCUCAGCCCUGUUGACUUGAUGCUUUCAUGCACUCUCCAGGCUUAUGGCUGUUUCCCUGGGCACAAUGUGUUAGGGGGAUGAGUAUCUGUAUGAAAGAGCUGCUGCCAUAUUUCACUUUCAUAUCGCAUUAUCGCUUAUGCAGAUCGUUUAUCCAUACCUCCUGGCAUAUCUGGGCUUGGUCUCAGACAUCCAGACAGAUUCUGAGGCAUCCAGAUGCCCUCGUGUAAACUUUUCACUUCUUCAGCCACUGGUCCUUUCCCUGGGAUAUGUGCCGGCCUGGCAAGGCUGGCCCCGUAUCCUGAUGGCCCUCCUCCAGCCUCCUCUCAGGAAUGGGUGAGCCUCCACUAGUGCCUAGCACUCCACAUUUAGAGCUACUCCAGUGAAUCUGUAGAUGUUGCUGUCAGCUCAGGAUUCCAGUUGAACAUUUCCUGAACAGAGAUAGAACAAACAAGUUAGAACACAGCUAUGUGCAAUGGCUGACUAAUUCAACCCAUGUCAUGUUUAACUGUACCCAGAGUAGUAGCUCCCUCCCAUCAUCUUCAUGUCUGUGAUCAUUAUCACUAUGCUUAAAAUAGACACAGUAGAAUAAAUCCAUCGCAAGGGCUUCCGGACUAGGAGCAAUGAGGGAAGCUGGGGAACGCACGCCUUUCUGUCAGGCUGGUGUCAGUGGGGCCAUCCCCAGCAGAGCUCUCGGUCCCUGCCGCCCUGGAGCUCCGAGAUGAAGUACCCCUCACUCGGCUCUCCAAACAUCUAUUUUAAGCAUUUCCCAACUGUCAGGCUGGCUACAUAUUCACCCAGCUGGUCUUUGUCUGCUUGUUGAAUAUUAUUUUGAUUGUGGUUUGCGGUCAUUAAAGCAAACAGAGUUACAGAAGAGGUCCUCGGCGGGGGCCUUUUCUUAGCUUCCAAUGGCCCACCACAGCAGUCAAAACUCUGGGUGGUUUUUACUGUCACUGGAGGGAACCAGUGGUUUGGAUUCAGGAGACAGGGAUGUGAAGAUAUAUAGGGUCCUCGAAUGUCCAAAGCGAAGGUGGUGAAUGGGUUGUCUGUAAGUAGUAAUGUUAACUAAACUGCAUAAAAAGGUGUGUGGCCUUUGUUGUGAUAUAGUAUGUAUUUUCUUAUAUGCAUGAGCCAAAUUGUUGCAUCAUGAUGAUUUAUCAUGUGUGUCUGCCUUUACUUUUGGUCAUCUUCUCCCAUCUUUAUUGGUUCUUGGCAAUUGCUGUAGAUAGACUUUGUAAAUAUUGCAACCUCGGGUUGCUGUAAUCACGUUGGUUCAAUUCAGCAGACGGAGCUGCGAACAACGAGUGCUCCACUGUGUCCUGAAGGCAAAGGGCAUUUUUACCUUUGAACCAAAACCAAAUGUACGAAGAGUUACAUCUUGAGGCUACUAACUGCAAGACGUUUUUAAAACUACUGUACUUGACACCACUUGAGACAGAUAUGGAGACACUAAAGAUGUCACAAUAUUCAUUGGUAUUGUAACAGAACUGCUAUUGUAUGGGUUUUUUUGUAUUGCUGUUAAGUAUUGUUUUGUGUGUGUGUGUUGGAACCUACUGGGGACAUGUUAUAUUUUGAAGUGAUUAAACUAUUUAAUUGUGUGUCUAUAUUUUGGAAUGGAAUUAUUUCUUCAUUAAAAAGAUUUUUAAAAGUAA